AUGACGAUCCCAUCGUUUAGUCUACGGCCUCUGGGCUCUCGGUUCCUUCUCGGAAAUCCUCGCCGUUUCUUCAUAGUCGCAUUUUCGGGUAGAAAUAUACGAGAACUGCAAGGAACAUGCAGGCAAUACGCUACCCGUCACAACACUGCACCGUCGCCCCUCCUUAAUUCUGCUCUCGACCGGAAACAGCGUUCUGCGGAUUUUCAGCGUGAGGAGUCGGUCGGUCCAUUUCAGCUCGGUAUCUCCCCCCAACACGGAAAGAGAGUGAAACGAUGGUCUGAAUUGAGUACAACUGGGAAAGUCUUACGCACAACCCAACGGACGACAAAUCUGACGGUCAUACUGCUUGGCGCCGGUCUGUCUGCUGUGCUUCUCUAUGCCCUGACAUCCGAACUUUUCUCCAAAAAUUCGCCAACGGUGCUCUACAAUGAAGCAUGCGAACGCAUCAAGUCGUCCCCUCAGGUCGCGAGGUACCUCCGUGCUCCUCUUACGUUCCAUAAUAACCCCCCUUCUGCUAUUCGCCCGCGCCAUCGUCACCGACAUGUUGCGUCCCAAAUCGCAGUGGAUUCAUCAGGACGUGAACACAUGUUCUUGAGCUUUUACGUUCAAGGGUCAUCCUCAACGUCCUCUGCCCCAGAUGAAGAUAAAUCCCAGUGGGUCUUGGACGAGCUCACCUACGACGAUAUCAAGGAAAAGGUCUGGUCCUUGGCCGAUUCGACGAAGCGCGCCUUUCGUUUUCUGAGUGGAGACGUCGUUCUUCCAAGAGAGGUUCCUCAUCCCGUCGAUGAAGAAAAACAAGAAGAGAGAGAAAGAAACGAGGAGCGCUCAUUGUGGGGGAUCACUGGGCUUUUCAAAGGGUUGCGAAGAUGGCGACCAUCUGGCGAGGCUAGUAUGGACACCGACGUAGUAUGGACAGAAGGUGAAGUACACGCCGAGCUGGUGCGGAACGACGAUGGCUACUUCACGUUCCGGUACCUGCUCAUUGACAUUCCAAGCUCAGAAGCCCGUAACUCGCUCAGGGUAUACGUCGAUAAAGCACCAGACGUCCGAGAAAAGGAGCCUAUUGUGCGGUUCCACACCUCAUAG